AUGCUCUUGCAGCGGAACGCGACCUUGGGCAAGGCCCUGGCGUUGGCUCUGUUCGCCGCGCUGUUGUGCACCGUGGAAGGGGGCUCAACGCGCUACGUCUACAGGCAGGGCUACGGCCGGGCCGCGAGCAAGAUCUACCACGGGGUGCGCGGCAAGCCGUCCCGAGAAACUGUGACCGCUGGCUACGAUGGCAAGACUCGUGUGGGCGAUGCGACCGAGGGCAAUGGCCACUCCAAGACAAGCUACGCCCGGGCGCCCCCGCUGCCCAAGCUGCUGUACCUGGAGGUGGACAAGUGCGUGUGCGCCGAGGCGGAGAACAAGGAGUGCUGCGCCUACGUGGAGCACAUCUGCGGCUGGUACGACCACAUCAGGCUGGACUGCUACACCGCCAAGGACUUGUGCAUGGAGGUCAACGACGACACCAAGUGGGGGAGGGUUAAGGCGCACCAGGCCGCAGUGGCCAAAGUGGAGGCGCUGUUCGAAGGCGAACUUGACAACUGCGAUGCGCCGGCGCCCGCUCCAGUUCAUGUAGAAGCGCCUCCCGGCCCCGACGGACAACCCGGGGCGCCAGGCAACCCUGGAGCCCCAGGCGCGAAGGGCGACAAAGGCGACCCCGGUACUCCGGGACACAGCGGCCAGCCUGGGCCCCGUGGACCGCGCGGGCAGGACGGCAUUCCAGGACAGCCAGGAGCGAGGGGCGAGUCGGGAGCAUCUGGACGGGAUGGGACGCCUGGCACCCCCGGCAUUCCCGGUGCCAGGGGAGAGCGCGGCGCCACGGGGCCGGCGGGGGCUCCCGGCGGCACGGGGCAGCCGGGAGCGCCCGGAGACCCCGGACAGCAGGGCCACCCAGGCAGGGACGGCGUCAACGGAGAGCCUGGAGUUGAUGGUGCCCUUGGCGUUCAGGGCGCUCCUGGUGUCCCUGGUCCCGCUGGGUCCCCGGGUCGCGUGGGCGCUCCUGGACAGCCCGGCGCCCAGGGCAACCCAGGCGAAGACGGCAAGGACGGCGGACACGGCACGGACGGCACUCCUGGCAGGGACGGCAGGGACGGCACGGCGGGCAGGGAUGGGGCGGACGGGCAGCCUGGCAAGCCGGGGACGCCGGGGCAGCCAGGGACCCCUGGCACGCCAGGACAACCCGGGGCGCCCGGAGGCCUCGGUGCCAAACACGGUGCCAGACACGGGGAGCACGGAGCUAAUGACCAUUACUACGAGGUGCCUGAAGAUCACGCUGGUGACACCGACACGCAGGGUGCCAGUGGGGGGGAGACCUACUUCGAGGAAGAUGGGGGUGGGGGGAGAUGA